AUGGCAUCCGAAACACUCUCCAGCAACUGGCAAGACCUCGUCGCCGCCAAACGCCAUGAAUGCGAGCAUAAGAUACCCCGGGAAUGGCUUCUGAGUGCAGAUCAUUUGGCGCUGGCGCAGGAAUCCCCAUGUUUACUUGAAAUUGAUCUUCCUCGUCGCUGUGGCUUGCUCUCCGAGGUCGAAUUGGAUCUAACUGAAAACUAUACCGCAAGUCAGCUACUGGUCAAGUUGACUUCAGGACAGACCAGUUCGUUGGCUGUCACAAUGGCAUUCUGCAAGAGGGCUGCUAUUGCGCAGCAGGUUAUCUCGUGUCUCACGGAGACCUUCUUCCCCCAAGCACUCGAGCGUGAUAAGUACCUAGAUGAUUAUCUACAACGGGAAGGAAAACCUGUUGGUCCCCUACAUGGUCUUCCGAUCAGCAUAAAAGACAGUUUCUGUGUCGAGGGUGUGCAGUCAACGAUUGGAUAUGUCGAAUUGCUUAAGAAUGAACCCGCGACGGAGAACUCAGCGCUAGUGAGGAUGCUGCUAGAUCUUGGCGCAGUGUUAUAUGUGAAGACCAACAUUCCACAGACAAUGAUGACAGCGGAUUCGGAGAACAAUAUCUUCGGCCGCACUCUCAAUCCACAUAAGACAACCCUAACAGCCGGUGGAUCCAGCGGUGGGGAGGGUGCUCUAGUAGCGUUCCGGGGGUCGGUUUUGGGCGUGGGGACCGACAUCGCUGGCUCGAUUCGAGUCCCCGCGCUAUGCUGCGGCUUGUACGGCUUCAAGCCAACAAUCGACCGUAUCCCCUUCGGCGGACAAGUUUCCGGUGCAGUGAAGGGGAUACCUGGGCUUGUUCCAGCUGCAGGUCCACUGGCACAUAGCAUCGCCGAUCUGAAGCUGCUGAUGAGUUCCGUUGUCGCCGAUGGCCGGGCGUGGGAGUAUGACUCCGCCGCCGCCGGGGUCCCAUGGCAAACUGUCCCUUCUGAUAUCAACGCCAAUGAAAUUCUGACUAUUGGCGUGCUUGCUGAGGAUGAGCAUUUCCCGCUCCACCCGCCUGUCAAGAGGGCGCUAGACCGGGCGGUUCAGGCCUUGACACGCGCAGGACAUCGCAUUGUCCGACUUGGUGAUGACAAUCAAGCACAAAAUUUGGCAUAUGUGUCGCGUCUUGCCUUUCAGUAUUUUAUUUAUGGCCCGCGCAAGGAUCUUAUUGCGGCCAGUGGUGAGCCAGUUGUGGCUUCGGUUGGUAAGGCUGCGGCGCCUAUGUUCUCCGGCCCGUUCCCUGCUCAGCAAGAUCUAGGUUCGUUUGAGAUCAUCAAGGCAUUGUAUGAGGCUCGUCAGCGGAUUUAUGAUGCCUGGAGGCAGACAUGGGUGGAUCGGAAGCUUGACGUGGUUCUGGCUCCUGGAGCUCAGAGUACAGCUGUGGCCCAUGAUACUUAUGGAUGGCCUACUUAUACGGUAAUAUGGAACGUCUUGGAUUACCCUGCAUGCAUAAUUCCAUUUGGAAAAGCGUCCAAAGAGCUUGAUCCCGAGCCUAUGACAACAUUUGCUGACACGCAGCCGGACUAUCACCCCGAUGAGGUCAAUGGUGCCCCAUGCGCUAUUCAGGUCAUCACGCCGCGCUUCCAAGAUGAGAAGUGCCUGUGGGCGGCGGAUAUCAUUGACCGGGCGUUGACUAUCUUUGGCAAUGAAUAA